AUGGAUAAUGGAACAUAUUGUCUUCCUGAACCCUGCGAUGUUGCGAAAAUCUGGGUUGAUGGUGGUAUUUGGGGAACAGAGCUCAUCAAGCCCGACGGCCCUUAUUCCAAUAUAUCAUAUUUACAGUUCAUGAGGUGGAAUGCAGCAGCACUGCACGAGCCGGUGUUCCCAGGGGAUACUAUUUGCAUUGGGCCCCCUGGAGGUGCAUAUGCCCCUCCUGCUGCACCUAUACCAGUUUCACCCAAUACUACGUACACCACUACAGCAGUACCAGCGUUGGGGACGCCUCCGGGAACCGUCUCUAACUGUGGCCUGUACUAUGAUACGGUGACUGGCGAUGACUGUAAUAUGAUUGCGAUGAAAUUCUCCAUCACAUUCGACCAACUCCGCCUGAUGAAUCCUCAGAUCAAUGCAGACUGUACUAAUUUAUGGGCAAACACUUCCUACUGUGUAGCAUUAGUUAGUGGCACCACUGUGACAACUACCGCGUCUUCCUCAGCCAGUCCGACUCCGACCCCUUCAUCAACCGGCGGCUCGAUCAGCACCUCGCCCACCAGCACGACAGUGGCACCACCAGCGCCAACCCAGCCUGGGGCCACUUCCUUCUGCUACGAGUGGUACGUUGCUGUGGCUGGAGAUGAUUGCUCUAAGAUUGAUACCAAAUUCGGGAUCACAUUUGCGGAGCUGAGAGCGUGGAAUCCAUACUUGGACAGUACCUGCAGCAACCUCUGGGUGGACUACGCUUAUUGCGUGAAUGGGGCGUAA